UUUUUUUCUGCAGAGCAGGGAUGACUGAAAUGUGGCUUUUAAGCAAUUGAAGUAGACCCAAACCGAAGCUUUCCGUUCCGGUGAUUUUUGUCCAGUCAUCUUGUGCGAGGAAGACUGUGCAGCAUCCACACUUAUUCCGACUUCUUUGGAGUGGGAUGACCAUUGUCACUGCAGGAGUUUGCGGUUGAAAUUGGACCGUAUUUUUAUAAGGUUUGCGAGCGCAGCAUCGCCAGCGGGCAAUCUAGCAGAGCAAACCUGAAGAAGUGAUAUCCAGGAAGAGAGGUUGAAACGAGAGAAACUAGCGAGAUGGCCGGGGGCAGGCUAACAGCGCUCAUCAUGGUCGUUAACUCCACGCCAUCACCAUGAAGGUCGGAGAUGCGACGGGGACUAGCCGGGAAGGCCGGUAUCGCUCUCGCAGGCCGUGGGCAAGCAGCCUGCGCCAUCGCUGUUGCUUUGGCUAUGCCCGGCUGAUCAGUCAACAUCCGAUCCUACUCUGUCUGAUCAUUCUGCUUUGCAUCACUGCCUCUGGCCUGCUGGCUUUCCUGCUCUACGAUCUCCCUGAUUUUGUGGAUCCGGUUGCCGGUUUUGAACCACGGGGUACGGCCAUAAGCCAGCGGUCUGUCACGUGGCAGAACAUGCUGGAUCAAACUGGAGCGGGCCAGCUUCUGUCUGUCUACCCAGUGCAUGGCAGCCGCCACCCCUACAGCCAGACAAAACAGCCUCCAGUGCACUCUACCUCAUCCAAUGCCUCCAUCAACUCAACCACAGCAACCUCAACGCCCCUCACGCUGACUGCCGUGCCAGACACAACUCAGACAUCCGUGGAUGAGAUUCAGGCUGUUGCUUCUGGAGAUGAUGAUGACAGUAGCAGCAGUUCCAGCGAUUGGCGGGGUCCGUAUGAUGGAGAGUUGCCCUUCGGAGCCGUGGAUGCCAACGAGCCGUUCUUCUGUUUCAACCCCUCCAGAGAGUAUGCCCGGAUGGUGUUUGAGCCAAUUCACUCCGGUAAUCUGCUGACGUUACACGGUCUGCAGUCAAUGUGCCAGUUGGAAGAAGCCAGCGUCCGUCAGCAUCUGCAGUUUAUGAGGAGCUGUUACACCAACAGGAAGGGGGAAUGCUGUCCCAGCUGGUCAAUCGGAAACUAUGUGGCACUGCUGAACAACCGUUCCAGCUGCGCAGAGAUAACGGCGGGUGACGUGGCAGAAACCCUGGAGUUGCUGCAGAAAUGCUCCCACUUCUAUCGCAGCCGGACCUUGCUGCCUGACUGUUGGGAGACAAGGGAGUGGAGACCGUGCCCAACCAACAUCCACCAGGACUGCAUCCGCUAUGAUGCUGUCUACUCCAUCAUGCAUUACCUGGCUGACGUGGAGUUCCUGAGUGUGGAGAAGCCCAACAAUGUCCGUGUGCAAAACGCCAUGGUCAUCCUCCCGGUGCAUGCUGGGAACGACAUGCGGGAGGUCUACGAGGACAUCUUCCAAGAUAAGGAAGUGGAGAACUCGGAGGUUCGAGUGACGGGAUUGUUCUUCAACCUCAAGUACGAUCUCUUCGGCGAGCAUCUCACGGCCGAGGCUUUGUAUCCGUGCCUUGGAGUGGUGAUCAUCAUCUUGCUGAUGUGGAUAUACAUUGGAUCGUUGUUUAUCACCGUCAUGACAGUGCUGAGUAUGGCCAUGUCACUCAUUCUGGCCUAUUUCCUCUACCGUGUCGUCUUUGGGAUUCCCUUCUUCCCAUUCAUGAACCUGACCACUGUUAUCCUCCUGGUGGGCAUUGGAGCCGAUGACGCCUUUGUCUACUGUGACAUCUGGAAGCGUACCCGUUUAGACCACGUCAACACCCCUCACGUUCUGGUGGUCUUGGACACACUGCGGCAUGCCGCGGUGUCCAUGUUCGUCACCAGUCUGACGACGGCGUCCGCUUUCUUUGCCAACACCAUCAGCAGCAUCACCUCCAUUAAAUGCUUCGGCAUCUUCGCAGGGACAACUAUCCUUGUCAACUGUUUCUUCACCGUCACCUGGUUGCCUGCCGUUGUCACCAUUUAUGACCAUUACUUUGACGGAUUCUCCUCCCUCAGGAAAGACACGAGGGAGUACAGAACCUACAAAUGGAAACACUUGUGGUGCACUCGUAUCGUCUGCUAUGUGCACAAAAUCAAGUAUGCCGUGAGCGAAUGGUCCCGCAUUUUCUUCGACAAGAUUUUACCUUGUGUUGUGGUCAAACUGCGGUAUAUGUGGCUGCUCACAUUAAGCACGCUUACCCUGGGUGGAUUCAUUCUGAUCUUCUUAAACCCAAAGCUUCAGUUGCCCACUCUUCCUGAAUUCCAAUUGUUUCGCUCGCUGCACCCAUUCGAGCGAUACGAUUUCAUCUACAAAGAUAUGUUCUGGUUUGAAAAGGUCAACAGUACAGGGUCACAGGGUUACGCUCAUUUGCCUUUGACAAUUGUCUGGGGAAUUCAGCCGAAAGAUAAUGGCAAUCCCCUGGACCCGGACAACCACGGUACCAUCACAUUUGAUGAGACAUUUAACCUUGCUCUGCCGGACUCCCAGCAGUGGCUUAUGAAAUUCUGUGCCAGGUUACGUAACCACACUUUUUACUUUCCAACCUCAGGGCUGCAAUUCAAAAACUGUUUUAUAGAGAACUUCAAGACCUGGAUGCAGUCUAGAAACUGUCUCGACCCCGAAACGGGGGAAAGUCACAGACCAUGCUGCCAGGAAAGCGCAUUUCCGUAUUCUCAAGACGUCUUUAAGACAUGUCUCAAGGAAGCAGUUAGUGUACUGUACCAUGAGUUCCCAGUGGCCUUCUCAAAAUACACCCCGGGGCCUCGUUUCAGUGGCCCCAAAGACAAAAUUGUGGCUGCCAUUGUUGAGUUUGACAGCACACAGACUUUCACAUACUCUUUUGAACAAAUCAAAUCAUUUUGGACCAGAUUUGACGCUUGGGUGAACUCAGAGAUGAAAAACGCUCCCCCAGCCAUGCAGCAUGGAUGGUUCACAAGCUUCUUGGAUUUCUAUGAUCUCCAGGACAACUUGGCCCACGGUACGCCCAUUGCUCUAGGCAUGUCCAUCAUCAUCUCUACCUGUGUCAUGUUUGUGACCACCCAGAAUCUCCUGAUCAGUCUCUACGCCAUCCUGUCUAUAUCCGGCACCAUAUGCGUCACCAUCGGGGCCUUGGUGCUUCUGGGCUGGCAGCUCAACAUUCUGGAGUCUGUCAUCUUGUCCGUCGCGGUGGGGCUGUCUGUUGACUUCACGGUCCACUACGGCGUGGCCUACAGGAUUGCACCGGAGAAGGACAGGGAGUCACGGGUGGUGUUCUCUCUGGGCCGCAUGGGAUCCGCAAUCACCAUGGCUGCCCUGACCACGUUUGUGGCAGGCGCCUUGAUGAUGCCAUCAGCCAUCCUGUCCUACACCCAGAUGGGUACCUUCCUCAUGCUAAUUAUGUCCAUCAGCUGGGUGUUCUCAACGUUCUACUUUCAGUCCCUGUGCCGCACCAUCGGCCCGGAGGGGUCCUUGGGUCAGUUCCUACUCCCGGGCAGUACCUGCUGCGCUCAGAGAAAGAACACCAUCAGAGCAGUCGAAGAUUCAGAGGUUAUCCAUUCUCAUUCCUCGGAGGUGCCAAGCUCAGGUGAGUCGCAUGAACUGGAACCCCUCAGCUCCUUUGCGGCAUCAGAUCUGAGCUCGCCUGCACCUAGCACCAGCUCCCUGGGCGCCUGCAACAAAUUCUCCCGCCAUCUGGGAGUUGCCCCGCAUUGCCCGCACCACCACAGGGCCAGGCACAGGCCCGAGAGACCGCUGGUCCCAGUCACUGGCCCUGCUCAUUCGGAGGUGGUAUGGGAGGGAACCAGCGGGUUUGUGACCCGGCUCUACCAGCCAGUGCCUCAAAGUGAACCAUCCCCGUCGGCUAUUCUUCCAAACAGGAAUCCAAAUAUUCCCGACAUCUGGGUGAAAAUGUGAAUUGCCGUGAAAUUCUGGAUUGUAUAUAUUCAUGUUUUGUAACUUUUUGGAUUGGGCAUUUUGGUCAGUUCUGCUUGGAGGCAGAGGACCAUCGGAACACCUUUUGAUUAUAAAUUUGAUGUUUGCAAUUUGAAAGGGGAGAAGGUUUAAUUUGACUUAACUGUACUAGACCUGUGCAACUUCCUUAAGUUGCUAAGAGUUGUGAUUUGACUUGACCAAUCCGUUUAUACCACUGCAUGUUCCAGAGGUGUGUCAUAUCAAAAUACAUGAUUGUCAGACAUUUUUCCGACAUUAAUCAUGCUUGUGAUUUGUCACAAAAAAGGGGGUGGGACUUAUAUUGUUUUUGUCACCCUAGUUAACUUUUAUAUUUGAGUAAAUAAAAGGUUUGCUGAACGGCUUAAAUGGUAAUCAUAGCAAACCUGAGCAAUUGCUUUGAAUGGGCUUAACCUACAUGUAUACCUACAACCUGUUUUACAUAACUCAAUAGAACUUGUAUCACAUUGUAUUACAUUGUAUUUACUCAUUGACGAAAUCAAUAAAAGCUUAAGUGCUGGGCGGUUAGGGCGAAAAAAGGAGUGACAGGUAGGACGGUUUGGGGCGGUACAGGGACUAACCCUCCCUCUCUCAGUAACCCUAUGGGUCAAAAUCUAUCACGUUACAAUUUUGAACAGGUCUGUAAACUGGCCUCAUCUUGGUACAAUUGACAGGUUAAAUAGCUGCUACUCAAGCUGUACCAGUAUUAAUGGUCAACCUAUCUAUCAAACCACUUGUAAACAGGCUUUGGCAGUUAUAGUGUGUAAUGGGCCUUAUUCACGGGUCGGACAUAUUGAAUUGAAAGUGAGGUGAAAUCUUAAGU